GGAUAAUGCCACAAAUUUUGCUUCCCACAAAAAAAACCCCUAAAGGAUAAAAACAAAAACAAAGAUGUCCGCCUCUUUGCUUCCUCUCCUCAUAUUUGUAUGCCAUUGUUCCCCACCAUUAUCAUCAUCUCUUCAAAUCCCCUGAAUCCUACCGUUUCUUUCUUUCUGAAGCAAAGGAAAGGAAAUGGAGUCAUCAUCGAGCCAGCGCGUCGCCAGAAUUGCUGCUCAUCUCAACCCUCCCAACUUUGAGUUGAGGAGAGAAGAAUGCAGGGCAAAAGGAGGGGCCCCUGGCUUCAAAGUGGCCAUCUUGGGAGCUGCUGGCGGGAUCGGACAGUCCCUGGCUCUCCUCAUGAAGAUGAAUCCUUUGGUCUCUGUCCUUCAUCUCUAUGAUGUCGUAAACUCCCCUGGCGUCACUGCCGACAUCAGCCACAUGGACACUACCGCUGUGGUAAUGUUUUUUCUCCAAGUAAAAGAAGGAGAAAACAUAACAAUGCUCAACUUACUCUAUGAAUGCAUGCAUGGGCUUACUUUGUCGUAUUAUUGUGGUGUUUUCAUUUUCCAGGUGAGGGGUUUCUUAGGGCAGCCACAACUCGAGGCUGCCCUAACAGGGAUGGACUUGGUGGUAAUCCCAGCCGGUGUGCCCAGGAAGCCUGGAAUGACAAGGGAUGAUCUGUUCAACAUAAAUGCUGGAAUCGUCAGAACCCUCUGUGAAGGGGUCGCCAAGUGUUGCCCUAAUGCUGUGGUGAAUCUCAUAAGCAAUCCUGUGAAUUCAACCGUCCCAAUUGCUGCUGAAGUCUUCAAGAAAGCUGGUACUUACAACCCUAAGCGCCUCCUCGGCGUCACCACCCUUGAUGUCACUCGCGCCAACACUUUCGUGGGAGAGGUUCUAGGACUUGACCCGAAGAUGGUUGAUGUUCCAGUUGUUGGAGGCCAUGCUGGUGUUACCAUUUUGCCUCUUUUGUCACAGGUGAAGCCUCCCUGCAGCUUCACCCCAGAAGAAACUGAAUACCUGACAAAGAGAAUCCAAGAUGGUGGCACAGAGGUCGUUCAGGCAAAAGCCGGGGCUGGCUCUGCGACAUUGUCAAUGGCAUAUGCUGCUGCUAAAUUUGCUGAUGCUUGCCUCCGAGGAUUAAAAGGCGAUGCAGGUGUAGUCGAAUGUGCAUUCGUGGCAUCUGAGGUGACAGAACUGCCUUUCUUCGCAAGCAAGGUCAGGUUGGGUCGGGCGGGCGCUGAGGAAGUUUAUCAGCUUGGUCCCCUAAAUGAGUAUGAGAGGAUCGGGUUGGAGAAGGCAAAGAAAGAGCUGGCAGAGAGCAUUCAGAAGGGAACGAACUUCAUCAAAAAAUAAUUUCAAAGAAUACAAUCAGAGGAUUGUCCAACAACUAGCUACACCUUUCUACUUUUAUCCAGCAACUUAUGUGACUAUUGCUCUACUAGAAGAUAUUUUGCUGCCAGAAUUAAAAAGACAAAUAAAAUAUAUCUUUUUCAUUAGACCUAGUAGAGCAUUAUUUUUCGAGAUGUGUGUUGUAGAUGUUCUGAAAGCACAAGAAGAUCCACAUCAUGCUUCAAUGACUCGCUAAAACACAACUCCUAACAAUGGCCAAGUGUAACCAAUGAAAAGGACUGCAAUAUAGUGGUGCAAGUAAUAAAUAUUGAAUCCACGGGCCUUUAGAAUUACUA